AUGGCACCGAGCGUGGCCACUCUGGCCCUCAGCAAUACAUCCACAGCCCUUAAGAGUCCACGGGACCAGACCACAGAUCAGAAUGUCUCAAGUGUACCUCGACUGCUGCAUCACAGCCAUGUCACUACAGAAUUCGACCCGCUGAGAUUUGAAGCUGCAGCAUCCUUGCAAUUGAAACUGCCACUCGACAAGCAUUAUUCAGACGCAGAAACAGAUGUACGACUCAUCGCAUCCCCAUACAACGACAUUCCCCAUCUUCUGAAUAUAGCUGCACUGGAAACGCAAGACCGACUUUUCGCAUUAGCAUUGGCAUAUCUCAAACCUAUCCGUGACGACUAUGCCACCGCCGAAUAUACCGAGUCAUUCAACUGGACUGAGGUAUUUGAUUUGUUGAAAGCCUUCUCGCAAGCAGAGGACCAUACAUGGACAUCCCAGUCAUAUUAUGUUGUCAUUUUCCGGUCGAAGUUGCUCCCUGAUAUCGACUCAGAUCGUCUCUAUGAACUCGAUGCACAUUCGCAUCAAGAGGCGAUCGCUAGUGGGGGUAUUUGGCGUACUCGCAAUGAUGCCAGGCUUGGUGGCAGAGGACCUUGGCACGCUCAAGCAAGAGCUGCUGCUGCAGUGAUGUAUCAGCAGAUUGUUUUCACUACGUACAGAUUGCAUAUCCACGAUGGUGUACAGUACUGGAAGUUGAGUGAUUGGAAAGAAGAUGCAUAA